AUUAUAAUACCACAACAGGUACAGUUCCUGUCCCCAUUCUCCUCACUUUCCCAUCUGAUUCCUCCAUCCAUCCUCAUCCAAAAGCCACCUUAGAUCCUCCUCAAACUCAAACAAAGCUGAAGGGAUGAAGAAAGCCGAAACCGGAACAGAGAAGGAAGAACAAAUGGCCAUUCGUAGAGCAGUGAAGGGGCUCCACUUCGGCGGGUGGGCUCAGAAGGAGGAGGCUGCAGCUACCAUAAGGGAUUUGGCAAAGAGAGAUUUGAGCAAAAAGAGAGCUUUGGCGGAGCUCGGCGUCGUUCCGCCGCUUGUCUCAAUGCUCGUGGAGGCUGAGGAGGGCGGAGCUUGCCAGCGGCUGGCCUUGGAGGCUCUGGUGGAGCUUGCCAAUGCCUCUUUCACGAACAAAGUCCUAAUAGUAGAUGCCGGCCUGCUUACAAGACUUCCACAACUUCAAUCAAAAGCAAACCUUUCAACCAAGAAAUCACUCGCUCCCCUGCUCCUCUCCAUAUCCUCCCUUGCCAAAACCCAAAUCCCCAUCAACUCCCUCCCCAUCCUCUCCUUCCUCCUGCACAUCCUCCGCUCUCCCCUACGCCCCACCGACACCCCAAUCCUCGUCUCCGCCACCACCGCUCUCCACAACCUCUCCACUCAACUCGACAACUCCAAAUCCAUCAUCUCCGCCGGCGCCGUACACCUCCUCUUCAACCUCUGCUUCUUCCACCCAAAAGCCGCAGAAGCCGCCCUCGCGACUCUGGCAAACCUGACGCUCACCGAAGAAGGCAAGAGAGGCAUUGAAGAAGAGUCGUUGGUCCCCGAAGCGCUCGUGCAUGUCAUGGCAAGAGAUGAGGAGCCGAGGUGUCAGGAGCUGGCGGCUUAUCUGCUGAUGGUUGUUGUGGGAAGGAGUGAGGAGAAGAGGAGGAGGAUGGUUGAGAUGGGGUUUGUUGAGACUUUAAUGGAGGUGGGGUUGGUAGGGAGGAGUAAGGUUGUGAGGGAAAAAGCGAUUUGCAUGCUUCGUUGGUUUCAGGAUGGGAGGAGUAAGGGGGGGAUGGGAGAUGUGAAAAGGUGUAGAAGGGAGAUUAGGUGUUUGGUGAAUGAGAGUCUUGAUAGGAAUAUGGAGAGUAUUUUGAGGAGAGGUGGGGGGCAGAUGAAGAACUGAUGCUUGUUUGUAAUUAAUGGCAAAGAAAACUAUUUUGAAAUUCUUUUGUUAAAGCCUGUAACUCAUGAGUUGAAUAUUAUCACGAGA